AUGUCUUUGGAUGCACGUGAUAAAAUAAUUAUAACAAUAAUAUUAAGUAUUGUUGGUCUUAUAUGUAUGUUAUUAAUUAUUUGUUUUAUAAUUUGGUUUAUUAUUCGUUAUUAUCGUUUGAAAACUAAACGUAUGAAUUCAAAUGAAGAAAAUAAUUCACCUCCUAUAUCAUCAUAUCAUCGACAACAAUAUCAACGUACACAAAGAUUUCCUUCAAUUAAAUUAAAUCAUAAUAAUAAUAAUAUCAUUAAUAAGAAAAGAAAAAGAAAGAAAAGAAGAUUUAAUACAAAUGAUUCAGCUUUGACAUUAUCAUUUGAUCCGCCACAUUUAAUUAAUCAAAAUGUAAAAAAUUUAGAUAAAUUACUUACUAGUGAAUCAACAUUAACAGCUAAUUCAUGGCAUUAUGAAGAAACCUUACCAAAAAAGCAUUGUUAUUAUAAAAAUCCAUCAAAUGAACCUGUUUAUGCUUCAUCAUCAACUGUAUUAACAACAGUUUCAAAUUUAACAGGUACUCAUGAAAAUCUAAAUAAUGUACACUAUCGUUUUCUAAAUGAACUUGAUCAUGUAUUACGUUUAAAACAAGAAGAACGUCGAAAACAUUCAUUAAAAUAUACUCAAAGUUGUCGUCAAACAACCGAUUUAUUACCAUUUGAUUAUUAUCGUUCAAUAUCACCACCAUCAACAAUAAUCGAAACAAAUUCAAGUAAUCAGAAUUCACUUGAACCUAUAUAUAUUCGUACAAAUAAAUUUUCAAAUUUAACGUUAAUACGUAAAGCUCGAUUAGCACAAUUACGAGAUGAUACAGCUAUUUUAUAUUAA